CGCCAGGAUCGGGGAUAGAUAUGUCGUACAGGUGUUGUCUCGUCUGCUAUUUACGCCGUCAAGGCCCUCUCGCUACCUUGAUGCUUUUUCUUGCAAUGCCAACAGAAUACAGCCAUGCAACAGCCCUCCAUCCGGCGCUACGGUCAUAGUAGACGUCGCAUCUGGAUCCUGCUGGUUGCGCCGGCCAUUGGGCUGAUGCUGCUGUGGUCAUGGCUACAAGGGCCUUAUUCCAUUUUCCUCGAGCAGAUCCUCGCCGCAAAUGCACGCAGUGUGAAUGAUGCAGAGUAUAAAAACGGGAUGAGCGAGCUCGCCGUGAUUCUCAAGACCGGCGUGACCGAGCCAUUACAGAAAGUGGCCGUACAUAUCGAAACCACACUGUCAGACGUGCCUUUCUACGCUGUCUUCUCCGACUACCAAGAGACAAUCGCCGGCGUCCCGACAUACGAUGUCCUUCGCAACGUGAGCGACCGCGUGAAACAGCAUAUCCCAGAUUUCGACCUCUACAACCGCAUCCAACAACGCGGCCGGCAGGUUCUAGCUGGCCCCGACCACGGCGACGACUCCAGCGGCCCGUUUGGCCGCCAGAACAACCCUGGCUGGAGACUCGACAAAUGGAAAUUCCUCCCCAUGAUUUCCCUCGCGCUGGACCUCAGACCGGAUGCGAAAUGGUUCGUAUUUAUCGAGGCUGAUUCGUACAUCGUCUGGCCGAGCUUGGUAAACUUGCUAUCUCGCCUCGACGCCCGCGAGGACCUGUAUUUAGGGUCUCCCAUGCAAAUCGGCACAACCGUGUUUGCGUACGGAGGAGCAGGCUUUGUGCUUUCGAAUUCAGCGAUGAGGAAAGUGUCCAAACACCGUACGGAGAAUGAGCAGCGAGUGGAUGAUUUCACGGCAAUGCAUUGGGCUGGCGACUGUGUGCUGGGCAAGGUCCUGCUCGAUGUUGGCGUUGCGCUGCAUAGUUCGUGGCCGAUGCUGCAGCCCGAUACGCCAUGGGAGCUAGACUUUGUCAGGGAGAAAAGUAAUCGACGUACGUGGUGUUACCCGCUGAUCUCGUAUCAUCAUAUGACUGCGGAUGAUGUGCGUGAGAUGUGGAGGUUUGAUCGAUGGUUCAACAGAUACGACACAUCAGCAAGACCGCUCCUCUACCGCGACGUGUUCCGGCACUUCGUCCUCCCUGAGAUUCUAUCGCAACGAGGUGGAUGGGACAGUCUGGCCGAGGACGCAGGAAAUCACAGUCAUUUUACUCUCGACGGCUGUGCGCGUCGGUGUUCUGACGAUACGCAAUGUCUGCAAUACGCGUACCACGUCAAUGGAAGUUGUUUUACAUCGCGAGGCGUCAGAAGAGGUGUGCCGAGGGGGGGAGUUGAGUCAGGGUGGAUGGUUGAUCGGAUUCUUGAGAAGAUGAGGGAAUACGAGCUGGGGUGUUAACUUAACCAAAGAUUUAUUUCUUUAGAUUUAGGU